GCAGAUGUUUUUACGUUAAACGCAAGUCAAARCCUUCAGUCUUAGCGUUUCCUUGUUCGCUUUUAACAACUCACGAGUGUGUUUAGCCUCGCGGUUACGAUAUGGCUAGCAUCUGACUGGAAUCUCACAGAUGCGAACAAGCCAUCGCUGUCUCAGCCCUUCCAAGAUUUGCUGUGUUCUAUGACACGUGAUUCAUCAGCUGAUAGACCAGGAUUUGACUCUAUUCUUCAGACAUGCGAGCUGUUGCAAACAGACGAGAUGACGUCACGAGAAAGAUGCCAGGCCUUAUUAUGGGAGUGCCAGGCUACCAAGGUGUUAGACAAACAAAAUAAUGAUGUGAAUGUAGACGAUGCUAUCAAAUCACAGCAUGUCAAUCUGAGAGGACCAACGUCUUUAACCGUUCAAGGAUUUCCUAAUUCAACUGAUUAUCCGACGGAAACCAAGAAUCACGAUAAAGUCACYAAUGAUCACAUGAACCCGAAGCCACCAUCUCCAUCACUGAGCGCAUUUGGACAUCCAGUUAUGGAUCCAAAUAUGGUAUUCUCKCCGAUCAAUUCUGUCAGCGGAAAUCCGCAUCUAGGCAUGUCUAGCAUAUCAAGUAGUGAUAUGUCAUUAAACCAGGCAGCCACUCCCACUUUUGUCCCUAUAGCUGUACCUAUCCCURCUGCUGGGCCAUCACCGAUGUGGUACAUGACCCCUAAGGGAAUAGUCCCUAUUGGCCAAAUGGGACAUCACCCUGGAUAUUUCGUACCACUUCAGCACGGCGGUAUGUCGUCUACUGUGCCAGAAAGUGACAUGACUGAAGUGGAAGWGGCUAGACCUGUUCGGCGCGGCUCAAGGCCAAGUACUCCUACCAAGUCCGAAAAGAGGGAUUCGGAAUCAAAACGAUCUACUGCAUCAAGUGAAAAAUCAAAGAUACCUCGUCCCUCGUGGARUUUGCAGAAACCUCGCUCGCACAGCACGCCAACAAACGUAGCGUGUGAACAAGAAGCUUUAUCAAAUCCCAGUGAYAGAGAAACUCCAUCAAACAUUUCAAACCCUUAUCGGCCAAACACCCCACCAAUAAAACUUCGCUCUUCUGGAGAAGACCGAGAAUCGAGACGAGCUAGAAAAGAUUCCCGGCCAGAAGAACGAGUCCCAAGAUCUGCKAGUCCAAGGUUAGAAAGAUCUCGGCCAUCCAGUCCUAGCCUUGCAGGUGCUAAUUCUGGAUCGAGACCUUCAAGUCCGGUUGGCUCAAGGUCGUCUAGUCCUGUAUCAUUACUGAUUUCCAAGUUUGAGGAGCUUUCGGAAUCAAAAUCAAGCGAAAGUGCACAUUCUGUGUCGAAUCUCCUGAACAAGUUUGGCUCAUYUUCUUUGCUGAGUGAAGAUCGCAUCACAAGGAAACAUUUCAGGACAAAUUCAACACAAAGUUCCAGGACAGGGCCACUCAGACCUUCAUCUGCCAUGGAGCAUGCGUCCUCGCUUGGUGUCGAUAGCACUCAAGGUCUUUCCAAAUCGUGGUCUGGACAAACCUCGGGUCAAGCUGAUUCAUCGUAUGAUGGCAAUGAUUCAAUAUAUUCCAGCCCAGAGACAUUCAUUUCACCUGAAAGAAAUCGACAUAAAAGCACCUUAGGAACGUCACCUUUGGCGCAAGACGAAAGGAAAAAGGCAUCAAGCGUCUCAGGAGAAGCCCGACUUCGUUUGAUAUCAUCACUCGAGGACCUUUAUGAGAGUUUGAAAGAGAUCGACAACGAGUCUGAUGGUCGKCCACUGAGGAGGCUACGCAGAAAUUGGACUUCUAUGGAAAAUAUCGAACGGGACAGGCAAGAAAGUCCAAGCAUUUCGUACCCACUUAGGAAAUCUACUUCUGAAGGAAAUUUGAAAAAUGAUGAAAGUACUGAAAACAGAAAUUUAAAUUUUGAAAGGGGAAGAAAUGCUCGGACUAUAUACAGUGAACGUGGACGGCAGAAACYAUGGUUGCAUGAGAAAUCCAKYGAAUCUGUUGGAAAAGCAGAGGUUCCCCAUCCUAAAAACGACCAAACACUUAACGACUUUUCAAAGGCGUCUAACAUAUCUGAUCUCCUCAGAAAACUUGGCAGACACAGCGAGACAGAUAGAGACAUGAACACAAAAACAGCUUUCUUACAACCAGAAAGAGAUUACAAUCCAGAACUCCAUCAUAGAUUUGACAUCCCCGUUGCAAUGGCUGUCAUGGAUGGUGAGGGUGAAAGGCGAGGGCAUAGCUCAUUUAGUYCUACUUUGUUCAGCCCUACAGCCGGUUUCAAAGAUACAGGCUUCUUCCAACAUCCAGUCAAAUUAGAGAAAGUUCCCCCACCUAUAAGCCCACCGGCACCUCUGUCACCGUCUGUCAAAGACUUCAAGCCAACCAACUUUUUUACCAAUCUGUCAUUUACAUCUCAAGAAAUGAAACCAGAAAGAGAUACAGGUCUUGAUACGAAUAUURAUAACCAAAAUAACUGGAUCGAAAAGUCGUCGAAAACGGACAAGAAAAUCCCACAAAAAUCAAAUUCUAUUGACAACCAAUCAAUGGAAGGUGAUACGGAUGAAACGAGAACAAGUCGUUCAAAGACAAGACAUUCAAGUUCUUCUGGAAGCAGUUCUGGGAAAUCUUCCGAGCGUAGGGGCUCGAACUCAUCCAAAGUAUCAUCGGGCUACCAAAGCGAUUAUCUCGAUCGCUAUGAGCAAAAAWUAACACGUGCCAGUUCGACCAAUAGUGAAGAUGAACCAGAAAACUYGCGAAAGUUUCAUCAUAGAUAUUCCAGUAAUCCAACGAGUGAGAACGAUGACGAMARUACCAAUACCAGGAAGGAGAAAGAAAGGUCCUCAAGACCUGUACUGCUUAAUACACCAUUAAAAAAGUCGUCUUCGUCAACAAAUGUUUCAACAAGUGCUACACAAACACAUAAAACUAAACCUUCUAGUGUUCCUAGUACCCCUACCGAACGUCACUCUGGAAGUUCGGUCACCACCUGUAAUAAUAAAACGUCCAGGGGUUCAGCAAGUUUACCAAGCACACCAAACGUCGAGAACAAGAGUAAGCCUUUUUUCAAAUAUGUUAGUCCUAAUUCAUCAUURAAAAAGUCUUCCUCCAGACCACCCUCUUCGGAACCAUCUCCAAAUGGGAAUCGACGGUCAGUCAAAGAAAAUAGGUUUGACUUUUCAGAGAGGGCACUUCAAGAUAAAAUUACGGAUUUGAAAGCUUCAKGCACAAGACAUUCUCCUCCUGCCUCUGUAGAAAGGGGACCGAAUUUGUCAUCUUCSCCAGRAAAGAAUGGUUCUUCGGAUUUCAAAAGUCUACCAUCACCCAUUGAAACCAGGAAAACGAUGUCCCCAACUGAACCAAGAAGCCCGACAUCCCCGGUWUCAUCUUCCUCCUCCUCGUCAUCUCUUUCACCAAGGUUUCCUACUAACAAGUUUAUAUUUUACAAUCCUCAAAGUGAAUCAGCUCGAGAAAGACAUUUUUCGCCUACGGAGCAUGUCAAAAAUUCGGUUCAGAAAAGAUAUGUAAUCACAGACACAAGUAGACAAAAGAACACUUCAAAACCCAAGAUCAAAGAAAAUAGUGAUUUCMAMUCUCAMGGRAUUCCAGUUGUUGGUAACUCAGAAGCAAUCAAAGCAGAAACAAAWAGUGAAAKUAAAGAGUYAUUACCAAGAGAGAACAAAGGAGAUCAAACUUCAGCYGAUACAUCUGGCCAAAMGUUGACAUCUCAAAAAACAGAUGUCAACAAGAAUGUGAUCAGAAAAACCUUCUCCGACCCCGAAGAYAAACAUAAGCAGAAAUCUACAGAAUCAAAGACCUUGAGAAACGCUGUACCRUUUAUCCCRAAGGCAGCUGCGUCAUCUCAACUUAGUCAGAAAGAUGUGCAGCAACAAAGAGCACUAMGAGAACACAGAAGAGGGUCUCUAGAUCUACGAGAAAUCUACCACGAAGCUCGACGAUCAUCCCUCRCUCCACGGAUAGACAGCAGCAAUUCAGCAGUCAGCCUCGAAUCACAGGUGGGCAGACCGAAGUCUAUUUCACCACAGCGCCCUCCAUCUCCAGGACGAGUUGAUUCCAGGGAAUUACUAGGUCACUUUGUAAAGAAGGUGCUUAAUUCAACAAAGUCAUCGCCAAACUCUCCACGAGGUGACUCAAAGGAGAGAUCAACAACGACUUCUUCAGUGAACGCAGGUCAAAACAACGAACCUUCAUCUGAUCCAACCAGAUYAAAAACAAGUUCUUAUGAAAGAAAAGCACAAACACCAUUUAAAGAAGAAGUGUUAGCAAAGACAUCUGAAGAAAKAAACAAAACAUCUCCUGGAGCGGAAAAAAGGAGAGUUUCUUUCGAAAGAAAASCAAACGGACAGACGCAAAGAGCUUCGGUUGAAAACGAGGAGCAGUUUCAUGCUGCAUCAACUUAUAAACGGAAUCCCUCUCUUGAACGAAAACCUGAGGAAAAGAGCGAAAUAUAUAAAAAGCGAAAUUCAUUKGACAAAAGAGAGAAGGUUGUCCAGGAAAAGGUAGCUGUCCAAUCAGAACAAACAACAAGUGCUUCUGGUACUGAUGGUUUGGUCAAUCCUGAUAAAAGUAAAGAAAGGCGACGACAGAGCAUAGAGUCAUCUUGUGGGAAAGAUAUCCUUACAAAACURGUUGACAUGAUACAUGACGAGUUUGCAUUUGAUGGUUACCUAGACGACGGCAUUGAGGAUGUCAAUAUGGCUGAAUAUGUAAUAUCGUUAGCGGGCAUGGACGAAGCCAUGUUCAAAGAGUCUAUUAGUGAUCAAUAUAGUGAUCUGUAUUGGGAUGACGAUCUCCUACAAGACAUGUAUAUAUUAGUGAAUAAAUCACUGGAAACGCGAAGGCCGACAUUGAGAUUCUCAGAAAGUAAUGCUGGCCAAUUAAAGCGCCCUGAAUCGUUAUUAUCAUUGGAUUCGUACGGCGAGUCAAGUCGUUUGAACCCCAUAUCAAGGACAAGCAGCGAGAGAAGCUUCGUKGAGACAAGGGAUUACGUGAUGUCAUCGCUGGGCGAACCGUCACAAUUCCUUCCUUUUAAGGUGAUUGCUCCAGAAAUGACAAGAGACAUUAUAGAAGAACUAGGACCYGUGUUCGACGACUAUCAAAAAGUCAUGAAAAUAAAGCUUUCUCCUAGUAUCAGUGAACUUCUKGAAAAGCUUGGAGCCAAAAUCCUUGAAAUAGGCCAGCAAUUGACUCUAGAGCGUCGAGCCAAAAGAAAGAACAUCAAAUCGUUUAAUAAAGUUUCGGAUGUGGACAAUAAAAAAGAGGUAAAGGACCUUGCUAAUAAACUACUGCAGGAGAUUGAAGAAUGCGACAAAAAAAUAAUUUAUCUGAAAUACAUUCAAAGAAGGUUAAGGAACAUUUAUGCUGAAAGGUUUGGUCUGGAUCACUCUCUCUUAAACUCCUUCAUCACAACGUAUGGAGAGUCGUCUAUUGCUCUCGAACCAAAGAGACAAAACAGUUGUUUAAGUUUUUCACCGUUGUGGGAUCAGCGCAGUAAUCUAUCGCCUGAAUGUCAUGGAGAGUCAACCCGAGGUCCAGUCCUUCAGUAUGGUACACGACAAGGUCUUCUAUCGUACUUGUUUGCUAGGCAUGCUAUGAGUCAAGCCUAUGUUAGGUAUUUCUUGUAUACGUACCGAUAUUGCUCAACACCUGGCGACGUGUUUGAAUUCAUCAAAGAUAAAUGUAGAGCAUCUUUAAGGGUGGACUCAAAUAAAGGAUACAAUCACCAGCUUCAGAUUCGGUACCGGGCCCUUGAUAUAUUGGCCGAGUGGGUACAUUCUUGCUAUCAAUUCGACUUUAAGGCACAACCUGACCUACUGGACCAUCUUCUGGUAUUCCUGAAUGAAGAGUUGAUCCCAGUGGACAGAACCGAACGUGGAGCUAUCCUUAUCGAGCUAAUAACAGAAAAACAAAGAAAGGCCGACGAAGAACAAACAGAUGAAACAAGUGAUACAACGGCAGUACUGCAGACAGACGAAAACCAAGGUUUACCAACAGAAAAGGAUUCUCCAAGAAAGAAUAAACGGAAAUCAAAAUCGCCAGUUCAGUGCUUCAAACGGGGYAGUCCACAAACAUCCUCGAUGUACAAGCCAACACUGCACUUAAAAGCCAUGUCUGUUAUUGAUCAUUCAUCAAGGACAAUAGCUGAACAACUCACUUUAAUUCAACAGGAUAUAUUCAGUCAAGUACACUCAAUUCAUUUCCUUAAUUCGCGUAACCUGGGGAUAGGGGUUGGGCGAUCUUCACCCACCAAGGAAGUAAGGCAACAAGACUCCAUGCUUGGGUUUACUGCAGGUCGACGAAGAAGCCUUUCAGCUGAGAAAAGUGUAGAUAGUCUUCAGAACAAGAACGGGCAAAACCUGUUUGAAGGAGAACCAAUCACAGACGGACUACUAGAAGAUCUUAUCAUGCACGCUCAAGACGUAUCAAUGUGGAUUGGUGUGGAAAUAUGCAGUGCACCCUCKGUUAAGAAUCAACUGGUCUUAAUACAGAAGUACAUUAGUGUGGCUAAAUACUGUUCAGAAAUGAGAAAUUUUGCGACGUGCGUUCAAAUUGUCGACGCUCUUGAGAUGUUUGUUAUAAGACAGCUUCCGGUUUGGAAGCAAGUUCCAAGUAAGACAAUUCAAACGCUUGAUGAACUUAAGGCCAUCAAGGUCAUUCUCAAAACAGACAGUUCAUGGCUUGUAAAAGAUGACACUCAUCGUGAAAAACCAACAAUUCCUUGUUCGCUAUUGUUUUUGAUGCACGUUCAGCAGCUGGAACUGGGCGGUUUUACUCUGACUAAUGGCAUGUAUAAGUGGACCAAAAUGAGAGCAAUAGCCAGACUUGUAGACCAAAUUCGUCUAUUCAAGCAAAUGCGAUACGCGUUUGAGAGCAAUGAUCAACUCGCGGGUCGACUUCGUGCCCGCAUCCUGGAGUGCCGAGAGGAAAAUCUGCAUGCAUUAGCGGCAGAAAACGCUGCGAAUUUUCAUCUGUCAUCCUCACAGGGCUCACGCAAGUUUCAUGAGGCUUUUAAGAAAAUGAAAGCGACAUUUGGAAAUGGAUAAUAUAUUAUACAUAAUAUCCGUUCAUAAAAAGGGUGCACGUCGUGAUCACCGAGGGGUAGAAACUCUCAAACUCUACUUUAAAAGUUAAAAGAGGCCGCGUGACAAAAUCCAACUCUCGAAAAACGAAAUCCAUUUCCAAGCUUCGUUUAUAAUUAAAUUGUAAUUAGAUUUUUUAAACAUUUAGUAUGAUAUUUGGAAUUGUAAAUUCACUGYAAAAUACUGUUAUAAAUAUUAUGAAGAUAUUAUUAGAUUUAAUGUUUUAUUGUAAAAGUGUUCAAAAAAAUGAC